AUGUUCUUGCAGUCUUCUGUCUCCGGUCUCAGACAGCUCUUCUCCACCGCGCCCUCACCCCACACCCCGAGAGGCCAACGUCAGUUGGAGUCGGUCACUGAAGAAGCGCAUACCUACGACCUACUCUACCCCGAAGGCGAGGCAUUACGGCAAGGACAACACUAUGCCUAUCCUCUCAGGCAAGGGGAUCCUUCAACCUCUGCCGCCGUAGCAAAUAGCUCAGAUGAUCGAGGUGGUUUGGAUAUACAGAGUCCUCGAGACGUCCGAAUCAUUAUAGCUCAGGAUGCAAACGCUCUCUCAUCACAGCCUCGGGUCCUCUACGACUCCCACCCUCCACCACCAAUACCUCAAGCGCGCAAUGCUACAUUUCCAGAAGCGUCUAAAAAUGGCCCUCGAAAGGGUGGCUCUUUCACAGGAGGAGAGAGAAGCAAUGAGAACGUGAAAGAGUCACACACCGCUCCACAUACUCGACAGUCUUCUUUCUCCCAAACAGCGCAGUCUAUAUUCACGUCACCAACAUCGCCCCUCUCCCCCGUGAGUGAGCUUGGUAGCCUGUUCAGCAACGCUGGAAGACGCAAUCAUACUCAGCGGCCUGCGACCAGUGAUGGCGAGACUGCGCAGAGCAAGAUUGCGAGAAAAGUCCGAGAAGAGACGGAUGCUUUGCUGGAUUGCAUGUUUGGCGCUACAGGGUUCCCGUCUAUUUCCAGCACGAAGCUCCAUGUCGGACCACCCAAAGCACUGGACGUCGAGAGUGAUAAGAAUACAAAUCUAGCGGCAAGAGACGUGUCAUUUUCGGGUGCGUUCCCAAAAAGGAGGACUCCUCUGACUCGAUCAACGACAGCUGCAGACCUUCAAUCGUUAUCGACCACGGCCGAGUCUCGAGAUGCAGAUCCACAGCCUCCGCGUCCUACCAGCUCUUCAAUACUGAUCACUCGACUUUUCUCUAUCGACCCUAAGGAAUCCGCCCAUCACACUCAAGGACCUGACGAGCCAGCGAAAUCAGUCCGCGGUCAGCCACGUCAUGAAAGCGAUGACGUCGCAGCUCACCGUAGAACCAAAGCGAAGCAGCUGAAGACUCCAACAUAUGCGGUAGCUGUCCUUCUUCAAAUGCCAAUACAUAGGCAACGGCCACCUACCCCGUCUAUGCAAUACCUCUCCCCACAAAGGUCGAGUCCCAUGGGCUUCGCUGCGAUCAAUACUCAUUCGUGGCCACGGGAUGGCGCUCAGGUCACUGGCAUCGCCUUCGACUCCAACCGCGACAUUGAAUAUGUCAUUGCCCACUGGACUAUUUUGAUUCGAGCUCUGUCUUCUCUGGAAAUUGUCGCUCGUUGCAAAAUCAGCGAUGCAUUAGUGAGGCAGGAACUCCCGUACUUGGAAAUGCUGUUCACUGAGAAGUCAAAGGCUUCCGAGCCAGGACCAGGCAUCAAGCCGAGUAUGCUGAAGCCGCCAACGCAGCGAACGUUGCAGCUUCCUGCUGGGGCAUUGCAACAAUGCUCAAUAGUCCAGAAUUUCACUGAUUUGAUUGGGAAACGGAUAGGUCUUGCUUUGAAGACUCGCAGAGUUGUUGCAGGCCAGCCCAGAUGGGGUAUCUGGAGAGAGGAGGGUCGUUUGGUCGGGGCCUGCGUUGGAGGGCGAGAUCAGAACUUCUUUCUCUUCAACUUGCUCACCGCCUUCCUUGGAUCUCACACCGAGUGGUUGGAGUCUCUGGGCCCGAGUCGAUACAGACGUCGACACGCAAAGCAUUCGAAUGACGUCAACGGUGAAGUCAGCGCGAUACAACAUCGUACCGUCAUAGUGUCGCAAGACAAAAUGACCGCCCGCCGACUGAUAUUCUUGCUGUCUGCGUUCCUGCCCGGCAUUCACAGGAGGCUCACUGCCGAUGGGCAGAAUCAGUCUAAUCAGUCCGAUGCGAGCUGGUCAAACGCUGGAUACUCUCAGUCUCCCCCUUCAGGCGUACUGAUGCAACGAAGACAGUCCUUGCGUAGGACGAUGAACAGAAGGAAUGGGGAAAACCCUCCCGCCGUCAGCGCCACGUCCCAUGCAAGAUCUGUCAGUUUCUCUGGAUCAGAUGUGACACCAGGUGAUGAUGCCGUGGCUGAGGGCCUGAGUAUCCAACAUCGAAGCCGAAGAACGUCGGAUGCGCGGUCGAUCAGGAGCGCUCUACCUAUAUCGUCCAAUGCCUCAGCGACACGGAAAAGCAGCACAACCACGACUGCGACCGUGACACCCGAAGCUGUAAUCGAUCCUACCGUCAUCCCCGCCACUCACUUUUCAAGUUAUUCAACAGACCCUCGAAUUGGCACUACAGCAGAGCCAAGACCAGAAAGCAGUGGAACCUGUGCCUCCCUGUCGUUGAAGCGUACUCUAUCCCGGUCGGAAAGCAAUGAGCAUGGCAACGCAAGCUCUGAUUCUCAGUCAGGAAGUCGAUGGGGCAGUGUGAUCAGUGGAUUCUGGAGUGGUCGGCGUGCUUCAUCUACCGAGGACAGUGAUCUCUUGGCUUCAUCCCAGGAGGGUCUUGGGAUCUCAGGGGUGCCCAAUGAGCUACACAGUCAAGGUUCAAUGAGCAAGCUGGCUCAGAUGGUGGAGGAGAUCGAUACGAAUGGCAAAGCUCAGCGUCCAUUAGAAAGCAACACCGCAACACCUCCAAGCCCUGCUAGCGCAAGGCGUUUGUACUUUACGAGCGGGAUAGUCGAUAAGGCUUCGCCCCCGAAGAACAUACCGGAAAAACGAAGCCUUGAUCGCUUUCCUCUCAAGCUUUCGAUCGAUCAAGACGAUGGCGUGGUUGACGUGGACUUGCCCCCAAAUUUCCCGUACUCUUCUUCUUUCCCAUCUAUCAUGAGCUCUCCUCCGGGUGCCCCUACCGCCGCCAGCAGCUUCAACGACCGUCAGUCAUUGCAUGGGCGAACCUCUGCUCACGAUUCUUCACACAGAGGCGCGGAAUCAGCCGUCGAUGUUGCUGGCUGGUUGCGGAGGUACCACCAGGACUUUGCACUUCAAGCAGUCCGUCCUUAUGACACCCUCAAGGAGGACGUGAAGCGUUCAAUGAGAACCGAGCCGACGCCCGCUAUUGCCACUCCCCCAAUGAGUGAAGCUGGUGAUGCGGCUAGUGAAUGGACGGAGAUUUGCACAACGCUAAUUGCAGACACGACCAAUUUCACCGUCACUCGGCUUUGUCUCCGACGAAAGAAUGCAACAUCACCUCAUCAUCAAGCCAAUGCGUUGCUGGAGAGUAGCACCAUCGGCGAUGCCUCAGAGGAAGAAAUUGUAGAAGAGCCAAUCAUGGACAUGGACCCUACCCUCAUUGACGCCGUCGAGCGUGUUCUUGCUCAAAGCGGUCAGUCGUCCCGCGCUGCGUCUCGACCUCCAUCGCCGUCCCGCCAUACUCCCAACGAAGAUAUCCCUGGAUUGGAGAUUCAUCGAAGCGAAUGCAAGAAGAUGGUUUUGGGUGCCCUAGAGCAAGUGGCCAAAAGCGUCAGUGCCGAGCUGUCUACCCGAUCCCGCGUUGAGAAGAAUGUUGGGGGAUCGCACAGAGGAAGAGAGAAUUUGCCCGCGGACAGUACUCUGAGAGAGGGAGUGCGAAAGUGGCUGAAUGAGGUGGGAAGGGAAGGGGCAUGA